CGACCGAGCAACCUCAACCCAUUCUUCGCCCUGUCGCCGCAACCCCGCAGAUCUGUAUCACUAGCCAUGAGCGCUCCCUAUGACGACCUACGCAUUGCAGACGAAGACAAUGCUUCAUAACACUACAAACCCCACACCUCGACCCUCCAUUCUACCUACCAAAGGCGACCUCGAGCUCAAGCCCAAACUGCCUACAAAACGCAAGCGGGAGAGCAUAUGCGGCCUAGGAACCUUCAACAAACCUUUCGUGAUCAAACCUUGUCCCGACUCUCCAUACGCAAAACCCUCGACUUUCACUCCGAUUCGAAUCAUUGGCCGCUCUCAGCUCCCUCUCACCUUCCUCGACACCACUUCGGACGACCAAUUCACCCCCGGUCGGUUAUUCUCCGCCCACAUCGACAUUCUCGAGCAGGACAGAGAUGGACACGACAUAGCUUCAGCAGUACCCAAGGUCCUGAUCGCACGAUAUGAGACCAAAAGGACAUUGUAUGCCAUUGAGCGUGUGCAACCCCGUGUUUACAGCCUCUGCAAGCUUGCAGGCUGGUUGAAAGAGAAGGAUGUUGCUAGUCUUUGGGAUCCCGCCAGUCUCACUCUAUACCCGUCAUUGCCGAAAGUCGUCACGUCUGGAGCAGUCACGACGAAAUGGUGGGAACAAGCUGUUGUUCAAACCCAGCCGGAUGAAAACGCUGCGAAGCGUGUGAGGUUGUCUAUGUUCCGUCCAGCUGUCAAGCCUGUCGAGCCACCGCGGGAAGUCCCUGUGCAGGAAGCUGGGAACAUUGAGAAGAGCAUGUCCAAUGAUGCACCGAAGCUAGACGACACAGUCCCCGCUGAGUUUUCCGGAAUGCCAAUUGAAACUCCUUCGCCACAGCAAUUGCUCGAGAAUUUAGCACACCAGUAUCUGGACGCGGUGUACUUGUCGAAGAUGUCGCUGGCUUACUUCGCUAAAGGCCCCAUCACGAGAGUACGCAAUGCGUUCACGUCUUCGGAGGAGGGAGCCCCACCAACACACGAACUGGUCACUUCACUACGGACAAUGCUGCUUAGCCACAAGGCGAGCGACAAGAAAUAUCGCGAGAAGCUGCCCGAGGUGAUCAAGGCCAUUCUACCAGGGUCAUUUUCGGAUGAUGAGCUGGAGACUGCCGCGAAGCCAAAGAAGUCAAAGAAGAAGAUGAAGCUUAACCGGAGCGGCAUUUACCCCCAGGAGGAGCUGGUCAUUCAGAAGUGGUGGAAGUCUGAGAUGCGCAUGCCUGAGGCUUAUGGCGAGGAGACGAUGGAUCAGAGGAUCAAGAGACGGAUAGGAGAUCUACGCGUGAGAGAGACACUGGCACAGAUGAUUAUUAUGUUAGAGAUUGUCGCUCUUGAGGCCCUAUCAACAUACAAAGAGCCCACCGAGGAAGGCGAGGGAGAAACUCAGGAAGAAACACAAGGCCAGGCGGAGAGCCAGGCGGCCAAACCGAAGAAACGGAAAAAGAAGCUAGACGAUAUCAAUCUUCAGCUUGAUCUUCUCCUCGACAAGCUGUGUAUCUGGCAGUCGGUCGACCAAGAAGGAAUCUUGGAUUUCGACAGCAAGAAUGCAAAGAACGAGGACCCAACAGAAGGUCCCGGCAAAAACGAGAACAGUGACAGAUUGCAAAGCUUCUGCGUCGAAGUCAUCGUCCCUUUCUACAUGAGGAGACUUCCAGAGCAAGCACGGAUGAUCAACAAGAAACUAGGCGGACCAGCGUCCUCGACGCCAUCGAAACGAAAAGCAAUGAGGCCCCCAAUGCCCUCACGAAAAUCUGGAGAACCCAAGGAGCCAGAUGUGAAGAAAUCGCGUCGCUCACUUGCACGUGUCGCUACUGAUACAACGGGCCAAACUGGACAGCGCAAGCCGACGCCAUCCCUGGCUCGGUCUACGACGGACUCGGCCUUGUUGACCGAUAUCAAGCGGGAGGGAAGUGAGGUGCCACUAUCGGCCAUACCCUUCCAGCGAAGUCCCUCACAAGCAGCUCGCCGUUCGAUGUCUCACUUCAAUCACCUCAAGGGCCGACAAGUUGACCUGAGUGCACCAUCAGCCGCAGCUGCCGCCAAGAUCCAGCAAAAGAAGCGCGUAGAAGACGAGGUGAAGGAAGCCAUAGCAGCAUUGAAGAAGCCUAACAGGGGACUUGCAGUGGGAGGCUACGUGGACGACAUGGAACGACGAGGUCUAGGCGUAGCCACCAAGUCUUCGAGGAAACCGACCAACACGGUCCGAAAAGUAGUCAAGGACGUACAAGUCAGCGCAACGCCCCGAGUAGCCAAGAGAACGAAGAACGUCAUCGAGCAAACCCCCAACAACCACCGCAACCCAUUCGUCCGAGAACGCGACUUCGACGCCAUCCCCUCGAGUUCAUUACGAAUCCCCUCCUCGGGAGUCCGCUCAAUGGGUUCCAUAGUCCCAGGAACUGUCCAGCGAAGCACAGCAAGUCGCAAACAGCCCGUCUCCGGCAUCGCAGAGACGCCUUCCAAGGCCCCGAACAACAGAUCCUUCUCGUCCGGAGCGAUCCCUGGACCCGUCUUCGCGACGCCCGUCAAACACAGAGCCGUGAGUCCACCGCUACCUGAGAAGAUCGCGUCCACGCCCGCGGCAGUGCUGGCCACGCCGAACAAAGUGUCCUUCGCCAUUCCUUCCGGUCCGUCCGGGUUCACACCGCAACCUGUAUUUACGACUCCAACCAAAGAGCCUCCGGCGGCAAUGGCAGCAGCAACGACGAUCGGGGAGUCGCCUUUACCUUCAGGCCCCUCGAAGCAGCAGAGUAAAAGCAUCACGGGGACCCAGCCUUCUAUAUACGACGCUCUUGGCUGGAACGACGAUAACGACAUUGAUGAUAUGUUUUGAGCGACAGCAGUCUUUCUUUCUUCUACUACUACAUUAAGCAUUGUGUAUGAUUGGACUGAAUUGAACGGGAGAGGAGGGGAUCCGG